AACGAGACAAGAUGUCCGUAGCUCUGAGAAUCUUCAAUUUUCCUCCGAUUUUCACCAACGUAGACGUACGAGAGUUCUUAAACUUGUUCGGGCUUCAGACAACUGGUGUUUUCCGAAGAAGAAAUUGCCACGGCGCCUUCGUUAACGUUGCGAACGAAGCUGAAGCACGACUAGUGAUAUCCCGGUUGCAUCAGCUGUUGAUCAAAAGUCAUAGGAUAAAAGUGGAAUAUUACGAGCGUGGAAAAGAAUCGAACGAUGAGGAGAAGAGUUUGGUAACCGAUACUCAAGUGGCUGUGAAAGGAAAAACCUUCAACGAAAUACAAGAAGGACGUCCUACCAUUAACUAUGAAGGAUUUCCACCGCCAUAUCUAUUGUACCGCUAUCCUAAGCAUACACCUUCAAUACUGGCUAACAUAUGUAGCGAGUUGGCCUCAAAUACACCCUUCUAUUACCAAGUUUUACAUUUAAUGAAUAAAAUGAACUUAAAGGCACCAUUUCCAAGACUAGAUCCUGAGAAAGAAGCAUCAACUAGCGGUUCCGUGCCGCUUCCAAAUCAAACAACUUCGGAUGAUGAAUCGGAGCUGGAAUCAGAUGAUGAGACACAUGAAAGGAAAAAGGCUAAAUUAAACCACCUAAAGCCAACAAUGAGAGUACUGAACUACGAUAAACUUCUGCCCCAGUCACAGGAUGUGGACAAACGGCCCACCAAGAAACCCAACAUAGAAAUACACAUUUCUGGGGAAAGCUUAACCACAACCCAAUCUGUAUGCAGUGCAAAGGGUAAAGCUACAAGCGCUGAAGAAGCGGAAAAAACCAACGAAUUGAGUCCACAACAAACCCAACUUAUUUCGUUGGAUGAUAUCCUUAAUAACCGUAUACCCGAGGAACAGCGAAAUGGAUUAAGUGUGUUUCAAAAUUAUACUCCCGGCGAGCCAACAACUAAGCUGUACAUUAAGAACCUAGCAAAAUCGGUUACAGAGCAGGAUUUACAAAAUGUUAUUCGUAUCUUCUUCGAGAAAGACUUGCCAUGCGAAUUCAACGUGAAACUUAUGAAAACAGGGCGUAUGAAAGGUCAAGCGUUCAUAUCGUUUCAUCCGGUGGGCGAAGCCAAAUCUUCCAGCAACGACAUUUUGAAGCAAUGUGUCGCCCGUGUUCUUUCCACUAUCAAUGGUUAUAUUUUAAAAGAUAAACCAAUUGUGGUAUCAUAUGCCAAAAGUACAUAA